AACCCACAUUGCCGGGGAGACCCGCCUCGGCCAGCUGCAGAGUUUGAGGAAUAGACGCAACAGUUGUAUUUGAACAACGAUGGAAAAGGUGAUCGGUAUAUUUCGCACAAACAUCGUAUCGCGGGCAUAAAACGAGUUCAUCUCGCGAAAUUGCCGUCGUUCCAGUUUAGCAACAGCGAGUAUAAGGAUAGCACAACCGUUCGCAGUAACGACGCGUUGCGAUAAAGUUGAGUAGAAUUAUCCGCAGUGCACGACUGAUGAGGAUAUUCCGUGAGUGUGUAGUACCUAUAUGAUAUGUAAAAUGAAUGCUGAUUAAUCCCACGAUACUUAUUUCACGAUCAUUCGGCUAAAGAUGAUCAGCCGUGUGUCGCUGGGCAUAAACGUCGUCUUACUUUUAACGCUCCUGAUACUUGGCGCGCUAUUUUCGCUGCCGCUGACGCUGCUGUUCGAUACGAAUCGCGAAACGCGUAUAAUUAACAAGGAGGAACAAGGUAGAUCCGCUGACGAACCGCAAGCGGAUUACCGAAGGAUGAAGCUCUGCGGAAAUCCCGACUACAAAUCCCUGGCGAAGUCGGUUCACCUCAGCAACUACGAUGGAAAUUGCACCAAGCCAAAGCGUCCCGAUGCCGAUAAAUCUAGGGGGCGAUUCGCUGCUGAGAGAUACGCCAAAAGAUUUGUGGAAGACAUGAGUGAUCCGCAUAACGUGAGCACUCAUCAAAAGAAGUCCAUCUCCAUAGCGGGUCACAUCCUCGCUGUCUUGUUGGUCGGUUCGGCGGUUGCUGCCCUAAUCGAAGUUCUGCGAGUUCGUCUUUUUGCGACAGUCAAGCGUCCCGACGGCGUCGCGACUCUAACGAGGAGAUCAUCCCUCGUCGAUUUGGCGCAGAGACGUGCCGUUCGCAAGGAGACGGUUCAGGCCCAGAAGUCCUUCGAAAUCCAGGGCAUGAUGCACCGGUCCCCGCUUCGUUUGCUCGCUGCCCGACCACCUCCGCUGCUUCGUCGAUCGUCCUUUCCAGCCCAGUGUCUAGGCAAGAAGGAUCAGGUCCCGGUUUCGACAACUGUGAACAUGGGCCGGCUGUCCAGAAGGCCGUCGUUCGUCAUCGACUCGGAAGAGGAUAUAAACCUUUUGACGGACACUUCGCGACGUCACUGUCGUCUGAUUAGGCGUCAUUGAAUUGUUCCGACGUGACGCAGGAAGUCUUCUGCGUGCGUGAGGCCAUUGCCGGAAACCAUACACCUUAUCGAUUGAUUCCAGCGGACCUUGUUUAGAAGCUUGUAUGUACUUACAUCGACCAAACGGAAGGAGAAUUUCAACGCUUGCUUUCUCAUCCUGUGCUGGUGACUAACCACGAUUCCCUGUAACAUCAAAGACACGCAUCAUUUACGGAUGAAAAACCUUGCCCACGCAAAAUCAACAAAGUGGUUGAAUCGGAACGAUUUGAGGUGCAUUAGCAUCGACGACGAAACAGCUACUGGAUCGAUUUGUAAUUCUCAGUCGUUAGACUCUUUGGU